GCCAGAACCGGGGUCGCCUGGCAGAGAAGAGGACAAUCCCCUUACCUCCAACCAGGAUCCCGAAGAAAGAGCUGACCUCAAUUUUCUCACAUAGCGACGACAGCGAAGAGAGUGAUAAGAGCAAUGGUCAACACCAUGAAGUGAAGCAGGAGGAGGAUCUCCAUAUCAGUAUCAUGAAAAGAAGGAUACACACCCAUUGGGAUUUAAACAUCUCCUUCCGAGAGACCUCUUGCAGCCGUGAUAACGACCUUUCCACUAUCAUCUCCAACCUGCAUCAGAGCCGUCAGCUCGUUAUGCCAGAGACCCAGAGCCGCUGUGAAUUCAAGAGAAACAGCAUCGACGUUGGCUUAGGAGCAGCAGAUGAAAUUUUAGGCAAGAGAAGAGUAUGUUCUCCCAACAGCAGCAGUGAGUGUCCUUUAGAAAGCAAGAAAGCCAGAAGUGAGUCCCCAAAGGAAAACUCCCACACGCCUCUGCUUGAGGACUCGGUGACUCAGAUGACCCCGGAGGAGCACUACAGACGCAUGAUGUCGGCGCUGAACGAACACGGCACGUUCGAGGAGCAGCAGCAACAACGUCUCUACCAGCUGGCCAACAGCAUGGCAGUGCCCAGCCACGGAGGUACACGCUCUUGCAAAUGGGAGAAGAAGGGGCUCGCUUUGCCAUUCAGCACCGAUUUUGCAUCUUUCUGUCUGGGAGCAGCCUCCGGUACGGAAUUCAGGUCGUCUGCGGGCUCUUCGCUGGCCGCUGCAUAUGGAGCCUCCAGGUUUUCCAACAUGAAUUUAUUUUCUGAUUUCUGCAGGGAGAUAUCCCACCCACCACCUCUGCUUUCACCCCAGAAUGCGCCCCAUAUUGCUCUGGGGCCCCACUUGAGACCUCCUUUCCUUGGGGUGCCUUCGGCCCUCUGCCAGACACCAGGUUACGGGUUCCUACAGCCGGCACAAGCAGAGAUGUUUGCGCGGCAGCAAGAGAUGCUACGAAAGCAGAACCUGGCAAGGCUGGAGAUGUCGGCCGAGAUCAUCCGCCAGAAGGAGCUGGAGAAUCUCCACAGGCAAAGGCUACUGGCUGGUGACCCGCUGAGCCUGCACCCUGGCCUGCCCCCCGACCACCCGGCCCUGCGCAACGUGCACGACAUCCCCGAGGGCCACCCGCUGCGGGAGGAGCUCUCCCGGAGGAACGCCAUGCUGGUGCUGCGCCACAACAACACUCCCCUGCUGUCCCUCAACCCCAGCGUCCCCAGCAGCGCCACGCCGCCCAAGGAGCAGCCCCGGCGGGGCAGCCGCAAAUCCGCACAUCACCGCGCCGAGCCGCAGGGGCUGAGCGAGGCCAAGGAGCUGGCGGAGCCCCGGGCGCGCGACGGGGCACCAGACUGUAACGAUGAGGAGAUGAAGGACUCUGAGAGCGACGCGGACGUGAGCGACGAGAAGCCCGAGAGCCUGAAGGCUGAGAGCAGCAGCUCGGCCGCUGAGCUUAAGGAGUGCAAAGAGACGGGCAAAGUGUGUGAAGGCGCCAAGGAGCUGGGGGAGGCGGCUGCUGGCCAAAAUGCCCCCUGCAGCUCCUCCAGCGCCGAAUCUCCCAGCCAUUUGCUCGGCCCGGGCAUCAACAAAAACGAGGUGAAAUAUCUCCCGCCAGCCUCCAUCCCACCACCUCAGCCGCUGCCCUUCGGAUUCCCUUACACGAUGAGCCCGUACUUCCAUGCAGGCACCAUGGGAGGUCUGUUUCUGGAUGGUGAGGAAAGCCCCGCGCUGGAAGACAUCAGCAAAUGGACGGUGGAGGAUGUGUGCAGCUUUGUGUCCAACCUGUCUGGCUGCACCGAGUACACUCAGGUAUUCCGAGAGCAGGCUAUUGAUGGCGAGACCCUGCCCCUCCUGACAGAAGAGCACUUACUGAACAACAUGGGGCUGAAACUCGGACCUGCGCUGAAGAUACGGUCACAGGUAGGAAAAUCUCCUAUGGGGCAGCAAGUGGCACGCUUCACAGUUGUCCCCAGCUGGAAUAGGGCUGUCAAGAGACCUGGUUUAUUGAGUAUAAUUGGUUACACAAGAAUUGUUCAUUUAUUUAUUUGUAAUUCUGGUUUCAAGAAAGCUUGACCUGUCCUCCAGAAAUGUUCCAUAUCCUCAUCUGAAACCAGUCACAUCACUGGAUGGUAUUCCGUGCCCAGGGACAGAUGCAAAUAGUUCAGGACAAGUGGUGGGAGGGAGGAACAGGGAUGCGGAGGGAACUCCUAAAAUGGAGCAGUUCCUGCUAGAAAAGACACGGGAGGCUGUUCCCACAAAUACCAGCCAGGAAAGACAAAAAGCUGUAAACAGGUGAGGCGAGGUCGAUGGUUUCAGACCUGAAAAUAGUCAUCCCCCAGUACCCAAAGAACUGGGUAAAGCCAGCUCAGGAACCAGCUGUCUUCUUUCUAGCCUGGAUAGAAGCCCUUUUGCCACUCAUUUUCCUUGUAACUAGACGGCUGGUGGCAGCUCUCCUGCUUCUUCCUCCUUUUUAGCGAGGCUUGAAGCACAAACACAUUUAACACAUCUCAGCAUCAUCUGUUGAUUACUUUCCCUCCCCAGCGAGUAAUGGGCCAGCUCUGUCCCUUCUCGGCUGUGCUGGUAAUAAGACUUGUGCAACAUUUUUAUCUCUUGCCUAGUUAGAGCCGAGUGGCCUUGCUGAUGGGCUGUGCCACCCCUUCCCACACUGCACACGCCCCCCCCCCCUUGUGCUAUUCACUUGUAUUCUGCCCCUGGAAGUAGAAAUUGUAUUUGCCUCCGAGUUAGUCAAGUUCUCUCUUUUAGGGGACUGGAUUUCCUCCUCAACAGACUACUUUGCUGUUGUGCCCUCAUAGUGAUGAUUCUUCCCAAAAUACCCUUUUUCCCCCCCCUAUAUGACUUGGCUCCCAAGUCUCUUUGCUGUU